UCUUCAUCAAUCAUUCUUGGAGGAGAUCGAAGAAGAAAUAUAUUUUUCAAAAAUGAAGAUGCUGUUUAUCGUGGCGCUCAUCUUAGUUGUGUUGGCUCGCGGUUACGGGAACACUGAAAUUAAAUUUGUGGCUGUUAUUUUCCGAAACGGAGAUCACAUGCCUGUUGACUGUUUUCCGUCGGAUCGAUAUCGGAACAAGUCAGUUUGGCCGGCACCACCGGGCUAUUUGACAAACACAGGCAAUAAACAACAUUAUAUGCUAGGAAAGUACCUGCGCCUGCAAUAUUCGGACUUGCUCUCCAAAAUAUAUGAUCCUGAAGAAGUUUUGGUACAAUCCACAGAUGUUGACCGCACCUUAAUGUCUGCAGAAGCAAACUUAGCAGGUUUAUUCCGUCCUACCGGGAAACAAGUGUGGGACAUGCAGAUGCCAUGGCAGCCUAUACCGGUGCACACCAGGCCAGAACACCUCGACGAAGUGUUGGCAAUGAAAAGGCCGUGCCCACAAUACGAUCUGGAAAUGGACAAAUACUUGGCCUCUCCACCCUACCUCAACAUGCUUAAGAGGCACGAAAAACUUAUGGACUACCUCAGCACCCACGUAGGCAAGAAGGUAAAAGACUUCACAGACAUUAGACACAUCUACAGCUGCUUAAACAUCGAGAAACUUUAUAACUUCGAGCUGCCGGCCUGGACGGAUAUAGUCUUUCCGGAGCCUCUACACCAGGCUGCUGGACUCGGGCUCUCCGUGUCGGCGGCGACGCCGCGCCUGGCGCGGCUCAUCGCCGGCCCGCUGGUGCAGCGAGUGGUGGGCACGAUGGCCGACGUGAUGACCGGCGGGCGGCGCCGCCUCGUCAUGUACAGCGGCCACGACUUCACCGUGGCAACCCUGCUCACCGCCCUCGGCGUUUUCGACGACGUCUGCCCGGAGUACACCGCUACCGUGCACUUGGAGUUGACGAAAAGGAUCAAUGAGACGACCGAUACGGCCGAAUGGUACGUGCGAUUGUUGUACCGCAACUCGGUGGAUCCGCUGAGUGAUCCGGUGGUGCUGAAUGUGCCGUACUGCGGGGAUCUGUGCCCCUUCCACGAGUUCGUGAAGCUCUACGACCACCUCAUCACCGUGGACUGGGAAAGAGAGUGCGCUAUAGGCUAUGAUCUAAGCUCGCUGACUACAUACUGCAGUCUUAUUACUGUGCUGCUUUUUAUUGCCGGAGUCCUACCUCUCUGGGCGACCUGGAGAAAUACGAUCAGAAUAGACUAUGAAAGAGGAGUACCUGCACUUAUACCUGAUCCUGACCUGGGUGGGAGCUAUUCAGUUGAAGAACUAUUAAAUACGCCAUGUAUGGCAGUACACUACAAGAUAAGUUUCUCUUUUAGGCGGAGGUUGGAGCGCACUAACUGACGUUUCACGAGUUGCGUCUAAGUGUCUUAACACACCAUGCCCAAGUUACGCGGCGGAAGUUCGGCAUGAUUAUGUCA